UUUUGUUUUUCUCUGUGGAUAUAUUCAGCAACUGGUGUACUUUCUGUCGACAUUUCCUCAAGAUUGGAAUACUUUUGUAAUCAACAAUGAUCGAGACAAGAGCAAGACAAAGUAAGAAGAACUUCGGUUCAACAACCCAUGAACUUGGCCGCAUGUUACGGGUGGGUUUCUUUGUGAUGGCCGCUGUUUGUUUGGUGGCAGUAUGGUGUGUUCAAACAACAGAGGCAGUAAGUGCCGAUUCUGAAACAGAAAUACCUGUAAAUCAACAGGCAGUUCCACCUUGUGUAACAUGUGACAAACAUGAACAACUUGUGAAUAAACUGAACAAUUUAAAGGAGUCAGCAAGAGGUUUAAACCACAGAGUGGAAAAAGUUGGAAGUAAACUGGACAACCUUGAGGAUUGUAGCUGCACACAAUAAUGAAUACCAUCUGGACUGGGCUGCAAGGUUGUAGGACUACUAGCAUUAAAGGGGCGCACAACCAAUGCCCUGAUCCAAGCAUUAAAGGGGCUCACAACCAAUGCCCUGAUCCAACCCGAAUCUUCACUCCAUGACCACACAGUAUUCCUAUUUCAAUCUACGCUGCUAAAAUUUGUGUUUGCGCUCACAAAUAGACGAUGUGACCUAUGUUUACAUUCAAACCGCCCCUCUGUUGACAAAACACUGUAUACGACAUGUUUCGCCGGGCAAAAAGACGCGUAGUCAUGGUAAGAUUUCAUACACUUUCUAGCUGGCUGCCAAAAUACAAAGGUUUUACCCGGCGGUAUGUGCGCUAUUUCAUGGUUUUCGAGUGACGUCAGAGGUCACAUCAUCUAUAGAACUGCCAGUCAAACAGACAUUCUACAUUGCCAAUGUUUCUCAUUGGUAGGGAAAUAUAAUUGGUCCUUAGGGUGAGUAUUUAACAGUAGAUUUGAAUCAAUAUAAGAUACUCGUCCAAAACCCAUUGAUGCCUAGCUGUGUUCUCUACCUAGAAGCAUAGAGGAAGGACAUUCUAGAAGCAACCUUCCAAGCUGUUACGUAGUUAUUUAUACAUGGAUAGCUCCAAGUUUAUACAGAGGGUAUCCUAACCAAUGUUCCCUUACUUCGUUGCUCUACGCUUGGUCUUUUCUCUUACCAAUUUCCCUCCUGAACAGAAGUACCCCCCCCCCCUCUACAAUACUCUAAAGAAUUCAAGCAUACAAUGUAGACACAACAGGGGUACCACCUGUCCCCCAUAUCCAGAAUGAUACCCAAUUGUGAGGUAAUUAUUUGCUAGGUGGAUGGCCACUUUAAUAACCCUGACCUGACAACCACAGUGCUCUGUGUGGUCACAAUGGCUGGUAAUAAUUACAUUCCCAGACCAGCAGGAAAGAUGGAUUGUUGGGCACCCAAGGUAACCUAGGAAACCACCACUAAACUAUACCUCAACAUGCUUCAAGCAAGGUCUAGUUCACAUCUUUGUUUGUUGGUUCUGCAUUUUGCUUUAAGUGUCUGCACUUCAGUUUGUUUUCAGGAUAGGAUGCUUGCAAUGAUUCAUCAGUUAUUUUUGUCAUUUUGUUUUUGUUCUACCGCAAAAAGCUGUCUUUCCUUUACUCUGCCAGACUACAUGCAAUUAUUUGACCUUUGCACAAAGACAACAUUCUCCUGUCAAUCCCCAUCAGGCCUGGAACUGUGUUGCCCUAGUUUGACCCUUUGUGCCUCUUCAGAAGUUUCCCACAGAGCUUAAGGUUUUCAAAAAGAUUUAUGCUCUUAAAUGAAAACGGCCUUUCCCUACCAAAGUUGCAACUCCAUGCCUGUAGGCCCGUACAAAUAAAGGUUGUCAUAUUUUUAAAGAAAUUGUUGAGUUGAAUGUCACACACCCAUCUCCUCUUGUUUUUAUUGAUUUUCAAAUUCUCCUGUCUACCUAACGACAGACGCCAAAUAAGAUGUACAUGUACAAGGUAUUGGAUGGACCUCACAUGACAACUUUAUUUACAUCAUUUCUGACAUUCUCAGCGGUUUUUUUUCUUACUGAAGAUUACAUACUUUGUUUCUAAACCAACUAUUUUUUAGGCCUAUCCUUUAACAAAUGUUUGUUUCGUUUUCCAUAUUUUUACUUAAUACUUACUUAGAUUCUGAAGGUAAAAUAAAUGUUCUUAAACUAACUGUUUCUUGAAACUUCCUUAGAAAUGCUGCGAAGAAAGGUGCUAGGACAGCUUUUAAAAGUCCACUUGUUGUAAUUUAAAAACAAAAGACUUAAUUAUUUUACUUUGUCAGAAUUGUUAGUGGUUAUUUUAUAGCUUACACAUACACUAUUGUUCGGCAAACAUCUCAGAGUUGUGCAGGAGGUAGACACGCAAAUGCAUGGGUCAUGCCCAUCCAUUGAUCUCCUUUAAUACUGAUCACAUCAUCAGCCCCAUUCAAAAAUGUGUGGUGCCAACUUGGUAGUUUUAAAAGGAAGCGCACACAAUGUGUAAGUUUAAUAUUUCAAUUGAGGAGUGUGUUCAUCCAGUGAAUUCUGACCUUUCGUCUGCAAGAUUCAGAAAAAGCUCACAGAAUACCACAAUAUUUUAUGUCAAAGCCAAAUGGCCAAACACAAAUUAUAAGUAGCAAAGUGUAAUCUGCCAUUUUAUUGAUUGUGAAUACUAUUUGAGUGUUUGAUUUUGUAUUUUUGUGCUCUAUGCUGAAAUUAAAACAGGAUGCCUAGUGGGAACUUAUACUUUCAGACUGACUGUGGUAAGGCGAUGGAAGAAAUCCUCCAUUUAGAUAUGAUGACUAAAUGCAGGAAGUUAUUGGCUGAAUCAAAACUUAAUCACAGAAGAAGCUGAUAGUAAAACAAGUAUAGCUAUGUGUCGGUCUGUGUUAAAAUUUCACAGAGCUGCUACAAGCAGAUAAUUUUGGUUAAAGGGUUUAUGUACCCUUUCUUAACACAAAACACAAUGUCCACAGAUUUACAUAAAACUUACACAGUUUGAAGAUUAUGAUAGCAGAAAGCUU